AUGGCAGGCACUGAUACAACAGAGGAGACUAAAAAGUCCCUCUACCAGGUAGUGCGAAAAUGGGGAGAGAACCCAUUGCCGCCGACACUCCUUGCAACGCUCAUUUCCGCGCAGCACAUGCGACCCUUUCAACUCCUCCCCAUGACAUUCGUCCCCGUUUUGCUGUUCACAUCGUAUACAAACCUGAACGGAUUCGAGAGAGAUAGCGCGGGCAUCGGCGCCGCCUGGUCCGGGCUGUACCUCCUCCUGGCGAGUCGACGCAAGCAGGUCUUUAUGAAGAAGUGGGGGGCUCGUGGUAUUGUUCGAGGCGGUACAAUGGGGCUGUGUUUUGUGAAUAUGGUUGCUGGGGGUCUGACAUAUGCGUUGGGAAAGAAUGAGGAGGACGAAGAGUGA